AUGUCUCAUGCCCUCCUGCUCCGCCUCUUCCUCUCCCCGUCCUUCUUCUCCGUACACGUCGCACUCCAGUACCUCAGGAUAUAUGCGGACAACAUCGGCAUUACCUACUACCUCACUCGUAGGCUCCGCGAAUAUGAUACACGGGACCUGCGCGAAGUAUGGGGCUUCAUAUGUCACCUCCUGGUCACUAGACCGUCCAAAUCCAGGGCACUCGAAUGCUUUGUCGUCGAGAUCGCACACAAGUCUACACACAUUGCCAUGCUGACCCUUUGGUACAUGCAAGCACAUCUCAAGGACCUUGCGCAGCCCAAUAAUAACCCUCAAUCGUUCCUCAUUUGCCAGAGAGUUCUGCAUGAAUGUCAUGAGCUCAUCUUCGGCGACAUACCCCCUCAGUCGACUGCGCCAUAUUCCUCCAUCCACUUUCCUGCGCAAUUGGGGCCCGUACGACGCAAGGUGCGGCCGCAUCUUCAGCCCGCCUUAGUCGGCAUAGGCAUGGUCUUGGCAGGAGCACCGGGAAUACCACAGCUCACUCAGGUCACGGGAGAGGUCGCUAUUGAGCAAGGGCGCAUAGACGAGGAGGGCCAAGACAUUAAAAGCCUUGAGCGGAUUGACGACGACAUUGUCCGGGGUGCGCCCCCGCAGUCGUCGUCUCCCGAGCCAACGUAUGAGAAGGGGGACGAGGAUGACUCAGACGAGGAUGGGAGUCUGGAGCCUCCAGCGGUACCACGCAUUGAGCCCGCUCCCCCUAACCUGGCCAGCAGGUUACUGUCACGGUCGACGCGACGGCAGACUAUUGCCGCACAGACGAGUCCUGCAUUGCCUAUGCAUCUGAAGGGUAUUCGCAGGUAUAGGCUCUCGGAAGACCCGUUCAGUCAGGAAGACAUGCCGUCACCUAUACCCACCCCUUCACCAUUUCAGUCAACACCUACUCUUUCAAGUGCGAGGCAUCGUGCUAAGACAUUGAGUCUGCAUGCAAUUGACAUGGUAUCAAAAUACGACUUCCGAUCUCAGGUUCACCUCCUGCGCGGCCACUUCUGUCGGUCUGAGAUCAGAUUCUUGCUCGCCCUCGAAAGCAUCUGCAACAGAUUACUUGUGGUACCAAGGCCAGCUCGUGUCAGUGCACUUAGAGCGGAGUUGACUGGACUCAACCACAUGCUCCCUGCAGAGGUAUGCAUGCCGAUGUGGUGCUCGUCCUCAGACAGCCCAAAACCCCCGCAAGGAAUACCCGAACCGCAUCACAGGAUUGUUCGAAUACCUCCGGGCGAGAGCGUCGUCCUCAAUUCCGCCGAACGCGCACCUUACCUUCUGCUCGCCGAGAUCCUACAUGGCGAUCUAGACUUUGAUCCCGCGAAGCGCAACAACAAGGAAAUACUCAAGAAGAUCGUCCUCAAGGAGGUCGAGCGCGCUGGCUCGUCCAAGGAUUUUGUAGCGUUUGGCGGCGCCCAACGACAAUCGACCGCCGGCGUCGAGCAACCGGCCCCGCUAGAGGCGGGCAUCGGCAACGACGUAGACGAUGUCAGUGAGACGCCUACAAUCGUCGUGUCGACAUAUUCCGCGGGACCUGUAUCCCCAAUGCCCCCUUCAGACGACGACGAAGAGAUCGACCUGGUGGAGCAGCUUUACGGCGACGAUAACUCGCUCCUUGCCCGCGAGGUGGACCUGUCAGAAUCCAUUGUCCUCCCGCCCCCGCCGAAGAACCGAGAGCUCGACAUGGCGACAUGGUCACGCUCGUCAUCGGUUCCCCAGACUCCUGCCGUGGAGAACGAGCCGUUCAAGUCGCACACGCCCUCGAAUAGCCUGUCUGGCUUCAUCCAGCGACAGCCCUCUGUCUCUUCAAUGCACCCAUCCCCCGACUUGAACGGCUACGGUGCCGGGCCGUCGCGUACUCUUUCUUUGGAUGAGUACUCGGAGCGCAUGCGCACAGCCGCGGUGAUGCUUGCACAGCUCAACGCGAAUCUCGUACGCGAGUCUGCCCCAACGGUUGUCCCGCCUGGCACACCCGUCAUGGAGUCAUCCGCACUCGCAAACCCCUUCCGCUGGCUCACCAACACGCCGAUCUUGUCCGUGAACCCGGACGAGGGCCUGCCGCCGGCGACGCCUGCGCCAAUGCGCAUGAAACUGCAGGCGGCGGAGGCCGGGGCGAUCCGCGAGCGCAUCAUGGCCGAGAUGCUCGCGCUGGAAGAGGAGCGCAUGGCGCGCAUGCGCGAGAACGGAGUGGGCGAGAGCAUACUGAGUAUGGGCGGUGACGGGAGCAUGAAGAGCGAGGACGAACGCAUCAUUCGAAAGGAGCUGAGCAAGGCGGAUCCUUCUGCGGUCGUAUUCAGCGAGUCGUGGGCGGCGAAGAAGAGUCGAAUACGACAAGCUUCGCCUUAUGGCCACUUAGCGAGCUGGGACUGUGUCUCCGUCAUUGUCAAGACAGGGGGUGAUCUCCGGCAAGAACAGCUCGCUGUGCAGCUCAUCCAGGAGUUUGAGAGGAUAUGGAAGGAGGAAAACUGUUCAUGCUGGGUGCGAUAUUUCCGCAUCCUCAUCACUGGUCACGACUCUGGCCUUGUCGAGACAAUAACGGACGCUGUAUCGAUACAUUCUAUCAAGAAAGCGGAGUAUGCCCGAAGGCUCGCAGCAGGUCGGUUGGGACAUGUCACCCUCUUCGACCACUUCAGAGCGACGUAUGGCGAUCCCUCAUCCGCGAAGUUUGCCAGAGCACAGCGUAACUUCGCGAAAUCCCUAGCAGGAUACUCCCUUGUGACAUAUUUUCUUCAGAUCAAGGAUCGACAUAAUGGCAAUAUCCUGCUUGAUCGCGAUGGCCACCUUAUCCACAUCGACUUCGGUUUCAUGUUGUCAAACUCGCCAGGCAACAUUGGGUUUGAGGCGGCUCCAUUCAAACUCCCUCUGGAGUACAUCGAGGUACUCGGAGGGGUUGACAGUAAGCCCUUCGCGGAGUUCAAAAAACUUUUCAAGGAAGGCUUCGAGGCUGCGCGGAAGCAUUGCGACCGUGUCGUCACUCUAGUAGAACUGAUGCAGAAAGAUUCUUCACUGCCGUGUUUCGCUGCACUUGGCGAACAGACCGCUGCUCAGUUGCGAGAUCGCUUUCAGCAGGGUCUGACGCAGUCCUCAGUAGAGGAACAUGUGAAUCGUCUCGUCGAGACGUCGUUAGGCUCAAAUUGGACGCGGCUAUACGAUUCAUACCAAUAUUACUCUCAAUCAAUAUUUUGA